UAUGCCAUAUAAACAUAACCUCAAUUUAUCAUCAACAGAGCGUUUUGUUUUUGAUAUAAUGUUAUUAUAUUAAUCUUAGUUAAAAUCUUAAUACUAUGGCUAAUCGAACGGUCAAAGAUGCCAAAUCUAUCCAUGGAACUAAUCCUCAGUAUUUAGUAGAAAAAAUUAUUCGUUCCCGUAUAUACGAUUCUAAGUACUGGAAAGAGGAAUGCUUCGCUUUAACAGCUGAACUUUUAGUGGAUAAAGCAAUGGAGUUACGUUUCAUUGGGGGCGUCUUUGGCGGUAAUAUUAAGCCGACACCUUUUUUGUGUCUUACUUUGAAAAUGUUGCAAAUUCAACCUGAAAAAGAUAUUGUUGUUGAAUUUAUCAAGAAUGAAGAAUUCAAGUAUGUGAGAGCUCUUGGGGCAUUCUACAUGAGAUUAACUGGUACUUCAUUAGACUGCUAUAAAUAUUUAGAACCAUUGUAUAACGAUAAUAGGAAAUUAAGAAGACAGAAUAGAAGUGCUGAAUUUGAGUUAGUUCAUAUGGAUGAGUUCAUUGAUGAAUUGUUACGAGAUGAACGGGUUUGUGAUGUCAUAUUACCCAGAAUUCAGAAAAGACAUAUCCUGGAGGAAAACAAUGAAAUUGAAGCAAAGAUUUCGGCUUUAGAAGAUGAUUUAGAUGAAGAUAUGGAAUUAGAAGAUGAUACAACUAAAUAUCAAUUGGAGGAAUAUGUACCAGAAAAAAAAGAAAAGGAGAGAAAAAGAAAGCGCAGUAAAUCAAGAGAAAGAGGAAGAAGAAGCAGGAGUCACAGUAGAGAAAGGCAUAAGAGAGAUAAGGAUAGAAAAGAUAAAAAGGAUCGAGACAGAGAAAGGGACAGGAGGGAUAGAGACCGAGACAGAAAAGAUAAGGAUAGAAAAGAUAAAAAGAGAGAUGAAGAUAAGUAUAGGGAAAGAGAUAGGCAUUGAUUGGCAUUUUCCUCUACUCGUCUAAUGAACUUGGCAUAAUUUUAUGAUUUGUAAAUAUUCAUUUUCUCAUUGAAAUCUACCAAAAAUAAAAAGAUAAUAAAAAAAUAAUAUGGA